AUGAUGAAUUUGUCAUUACCUCAACAAUUUUGGACAAAAUUAUUUAUAUUAUUAAAUACUUGUUUUGUUAUAUUUGGUAUUGUACUACUUGCAUUGGGUAUUAAAGGAAUAGAAACAUUGAAUAAAUUCGGUACAAUUUUAAAUGGAAUCAUACCACCUAUCAUACCAAUAUCAAUUUUUAUAGGAUGCCUUAUAUUAAUUGGUACAAUUAUUGGUUAUAUUGGAUUAUGGAAACCAAAAAAAUUUAUUGUUAUACUACAUAUUGCAUGUUUAUGUCUUGCAGUAAUUAUUGAGAUUGCCAUAGCAACAGCGACAGCUACUACAGGAGAAAAAUUUCAAACAGCCGCUAAUUAUUCAUUACUAUAUGCUGUGAAACAAUUUCAUUCAAAUCCUUAUAUUCAAGUAGAAAUGGAUAAAUUACAAAAUAAAUUUAGAUGUUGUGGAGCUACAUCCUAUUUGGAUUAUAUAAAAACAAAUAAAACUGUACCAUUUACUUGUUUUAUUGGGACAUUAGUUUAUGCAAGAGGUUGUGUAGAACCAUUCAGUGAUUAUGCCCAACAUUAUAUCGUUGCAUUAAUUACUAUGUGCUUUGUAUUUGGUAUUAUUAAAGCUAUUUAUGUGAUUAUCUCUAUUUGUUUAUUUAAAAAUUCAUUGACUGGAAAAAAUGCAUCACCAUAA